AUGCCGUGGGUUCCACGCAUCAGUCCAAAGGAGGACGAGGAGGUAGAAGCGCCGGCGUCAAAGGCAACAGAAAAGGCAGAAAAGGCUUCUGCAUCACGUGCUCAAAGCGAGAAGGCCUUGUCGUUCCUUGUUACGCGAGGGGCUGACUUGUGGUUGGACCUUCAGUCGCGCAAGCUAUCUGGAAAGAAGCUGACGAAGUACCUUACUGAUGAUGUCUAUGAUGAAAUCCGAAAGCGGCUCCAGAACCCAAAGAAGCCGGAUCGACCAUGCUGGUAUUUUAAUGUUGACGUCAGCGCCACUGAGCUCACUGCAGACGGUCUGCAGAUCCUCGUGUCAUUCCUGAAGCGUUUAUUUGAGGCCGACCCACCUGUUUGUGUCCACAGCCUGCGCUGCUACAACAACGAUCUGGGUGAUGCCGGAGCAGAACAGAUUGCUGAGCUCAUCUUGGCACAGCCCUUUGCUAUGGCGGAGCUUCACCUCAGUCACAGCAGGUUGACGGAAUUGGGCGCGGCAAAAGUGAUUUUGGCGGUCUGUGUUUGCGCGGACCGCUAUCCGUUUCAGAGGAAGCAUCGCUGGACAGGCUGCUGGAUGCGACUGGAAAGCAACCAUGUUGUGGCACCAGAUGCAUUGGUGACUGCUAUGAGAGCAGCGCUUCUGCCGGGCAGAACAUGGAGUGAGAAGACUGUGCGUAUCGAAAGCAUCGCGCGUGGCGACCGCACAUGGGGACGUGCUCAUGGUCCAAGUUGGGCGACAUCUGCCGAGGCAACUCCACAAGCUUUGCUGUACACGUUCCACGAGCAAGUUGACCAUGCCGGUUAUGGGACCAAGGAGACGGCAUCUGGCAUCAGGGCAGCAAGGCGAGCCACAGAGGCUGCGCGUGAGGCAGUGCUCAAUCUUCAAAAGAAGCUCAAUGGCGACGAAGUUCAGGAAGAACAAGCAGAGGAGCAGUCUUCCACAGGACCGACAGGUGUGGUGGUUCCGCGCUGGAGGCGUGCGGGCGAGGAUGGCGGCGAAAGAGAUUAUGGCUAUGGCGGCCAGAAGGGCCAGAAGGGCAAGAAGGGCUAUGGGGAAGGCCGCGGAGACCACGAAAAAGGAGGCCAAGGGCCGGAAGCACGACUGCUCAGGAAAGCAGUGCAAAACCUGCACCAAACAGAGCCAAGGACUUUCAGGGACGCUGCUGCGAGCUCCCACGCAUGGAGUUCUGGAAGCUCACACCCAUGGAAUACGGACCGCUCAUAUGCAUGGAAUUCCGGGAGUUCCUACACAAGUUCCUACGCAAGUCCCUACGCAAGUUCCUACGCAUGGAAUUCCGGAAAGGUUAGCAGGGUUGUGACCACAGCAUAUGCACCAGCAACAAGGCAUGACAAUCAUGAGUACGCGAAUGCAAUCGGAUCGGGUAUCGGCAAGGGCGGAAGUGCAGCCGCCCGGAAGCACGUGAGUGGCUCCAAAAGGCAAGCGCAUCGUGGCCGAUCCACGGAGAGAGGCAGGGCCGUUGAGGUCUAA